CUCAAUUUCCAGUCCAUAAUUAAAGUAGUCAGUCUUCUGAUCUGUAGCCUACCUAGCUAGCUAAAAUUCCGGCCUCUGCUCCGUGUGGGGAAUAUAACAUAAUGUCGUCCUCUUCAAAGCACUUGUCGUCUUCGGCAUUCUGGUGGAGCAGUAAACAUCAUCAAAUACUACACCAUGAGGAGGAGCUGGAGCAGGACACAAUGGAAUGCUCCUCCUCCUCCAAGCGGGCCUUCAACUUCGACCUAAACGGCGGAGACGACGAAGAGCAGCUUUCCGGUAGCCGUGCCGUCCCCAAGGACCACUUGUUCGAGAAGCCUUUGACUCCCAGCGACGUCGGAAAGCUCAACCGCUUGGUCAUCCCCAAACAGAACGCCGAAAAGUACUUCCCCUUGACCGGCAAAGAUUCCUCCACUGCCGCCGCCGAUAAAGGCCUGUUGCUCACCUUCGAGGACGACUCCGGCAAGCUCUGGCGAUUCAGGUACUCAUAUUGGAACAGUAGUCAAAGCUACGUGUUGACGAAAGGGUGGAGCAGGUUCGUGAAGGAGAAGCGGCUGGACGCCGGAGACGUGGUGCUGUUCUUGCGCCACCGUCUUGACGGCGACCGGUUCUUUAUCGGGUGGAGGAGGAGAAGCGGAAGUGCAGGUGGUACGGCAGCUGCUGCAGGUGUUAGGGAAGAAGGGAUGGGUGCGGUUGUCGGAGGAGGGUGGGGCCAAGGGUACUAUCCUUAUCAGCUGCCGGCAGAUCUUCCAUACCAAUCGGACUGCUUUCAUCAUGUCGCUGCAGGGUCAUCAUCUACUGCAGAAUGCCAAACACCGACAAGUGGGAACUCAAAGACACUAAGGUUGUUUGGGGUCAACAUGGAGUGCGGUCAAGCUGCUGAGUCGGUCACGCCAGAUGGUUCGACCACAUUGACCCCGGCUCAGACCGGCCAUCACUACUUAUACCAAUAUUAUUCCAACCCUAUUGCUUCCUACAACAACCACUACACUCACAUGCAGCAGCAGGAUUUGGGUUACUCAAAUCUGAUGAGAUAUCAGCAGGGAUAAGAUAUGUGGAGGUGACAUAUAACACUGACUAUGGGCCACGUGCAAACUCAAAAUAAAAUAAAAUAAAAUAAAAUAAAAUAAACAGAAUUCAAAUAUUCAGAGGAGGGAAUCCAAGAUUUUGUGGCAAAUUGCCUUUCUAAAAUGGGGUAGGUUCAUACAAGGGCUUAUCAAACAAACCCUUUCCAAGUCCAGGCCAGGGGGAAUGGAAAAGAGCCCACAUCAAAAGCUGUUUCUUGGUGGGGUGGGGUGGGGUGGGGUUGGUUAGAGGGCCCACAAUGUAUGUCAUGAAGGGGAGAAUCUGGGUCACUGCCACCAAUAAUUUCUAUUAUGCUGCUGCUGCAACACAUGAUGGAGGAAGAAAAAGGUCUUUUUGUUGUCUACUGUUGAGAAGUCAAGUGGACUCCAUUGAAACUCUGCCUCAACCAACCCCAUUGUGUUUCACUUCAAGAUAUUUUUCAAUUACGCUUAGGCACUUACGCUACAAUGUCACCGGCUUAGGUUCUUUUGUUCAAGUCGUUGUACAUAUAUUCACUUUCUGUUAAAAAACUCAGUGUAAGUUUCUAACGAGUAUUGGAUAUUACUUUACACAUUCAAAAUGUUCUAUUUACUGAUGGAAAUCAAUAAAUUCAUAUGCUUAUAACCAAGACCAAAUAACAUCA